CGUCUUUUCUGACGAUUUUUCGAAAAUUCUCUUCAUUUCUGCAUCAAAUUCUGGUAAAAUGAGUCAAGAUACGAUCGAUAAGUUGUACGCAAACUACGAUGUGCUCUCCGAAGCACUGACAAAGGGCAAAAUCGCAGACUACGAGCUCGAAUACAAGGAAAUAUUGAAUGCUGUUAAAGGGAACGCCAAGGAGAAGAAGCUAGCGGCACAAUUUAUCCCCAAAUUUUUCAAGCAUUUCCCGAGCUUGGCUGACACCGCAAUCGAUCGCCAACUGGAUUUAUGCGAAGACGAGGAUGGCAUCACACGAAGACAGGCCAUCAAAGAUUUGCCCAACUUUUGCAAGGACACAAAAGAACACACGCCCAAAAUUGCCGACAUCCUAUCACAACUCCUGCUCUCGGAUGACCCCAUGGAACUACAACAAGUCCAUUUGUCGCUUCAGCAGUUGGCAAAAUACGACGUUCUCGGUACUUUAAGUGGCAUUUUCAGUCAAAUUACGGCCGGCGACGAAGCUACUCGUGCACGUUGCUUCCAAUAUUUGUCACAAAAGUUCAUGAAAUUCUGCGGAGAUCUCGUCACGAAGGAAAUUGAAACGUUUAUUGUCGUGGAAUUGAAGAAAAUCUUGCAAGAUGUCACCGCGGAUGAGUUUCAUUUGUGCAUGACGAUCCUGGCGAAGACAAAACUUGCCUCUACUGUGUCAGGACAUCAGGAAUUAGUGAAGAUUGCUGUUGAACAAGCCGAAUUGGAUGUCGAGUUGAGUGGUACUUUGGCUGCAGAAGAUGAAGUUAUCGAAAGAUUCAUCUUUUGUGCGACAGAAGCAGUCCCAUAUCUCUCAAAUAAGGUUGAAUCGACACCUUUUGUCAAAUUCAUGUGCGAAAAGUUGCUUCCGUUGAGUACUUGGAACUUAAUUGGCGCCGCCGACGAUCAAAGUCAGACCCAAUUACGACUUUUGAAGGUAUUUGCUGAGUUGUGUACCUAUUGCGGGACCUUGGAAAAUCCUCAGGAGGCUGUCAAACGGAUUUAUGCAAUUCUACAGGAAUAUAUGCCCUUGCCGCCAUUGGAUACAGACAUCUCUGAUACUCCCUCGUUCCAAUUCUCGCAUGCCGAAUGUUUGCUUUACGCAUUACAUUGCGUCGGAAAACAAGCUCCCGAGUUCUUGACGUUCCCCGAAGACGCUGCCAGCUUGAAAGACUUCAAACAACGCAUUCAAUACUUGGCUCGCGGCACACAGGGUUACCUCAAAAAGCUCCAAGAGGCAAUUAAGGGACAAACUCCGGCAGAAUUGAAGAGCGACGAGAACCAAAUCAAGGUCACCGCACUCAAAACGACCUCGAACAUCAGCACAUUGAUCCGCGAUUUGUUCCAUUCGCCGCCAUUGUUCAAAGCCAAAGUCAAUCUUUCGUGGCUCGCUCCGAAAGGAAAAGAUGGCGCUGCAUCUGUUGUCGAUUUAACAAGUCCCGGCGGAGGCGCAGGCACCAAACGUCAUGCUCCCAUCACUUUUGACGGGACUCCAAACAGCAAGAAAGGAAAACGCACCGAAGGACAAGACCAGAAAUAUUAUGCGCCGCCCUCGGGAAAAUAUUCGGCGGGGGUGAAAAAUUACGCAGGAGGCCAAGCAGGCGGCAAUAAACGACGACAAGGCGGCGGCGGAAGACGAUCCGGAGGAGGCGGAGGCUUCCGAAGUGGACAAAAACGCUUUGGGCGCUAUUAGAGACGCGAGACACCGUAUGCAACAUUUGCAUAAAAUUUAGUUUAUGACCGACAGUACACAAGAGCAUUUUACCCGUUCAUCGUAGUUUUAGAUCAUUUUCUCACAAUUUAGUUCGCAUUUAGCGCGUAAGAUGAUUAACAAAACAAUCGAGAAUGAAAAUUUACCGAAAAUUCGGUAAAUCUUAACAUUUAAAAAUACUAAAAAUUAAAUCUAGUUUUGAAUAAAUUGAAUCUUUUCCUUUGAUAAAAUUAUAAAAAUAAAAAAC